GGCGACGCACGGUGGGGAGAGACCUUCAAAGCAACAAAUUGUUUUCACGUAAACUACUACAUUGUGCUGCGUGACAAGUUUGAAUUCCGGAGCGAAUUGUUAUGAAAGACGACUCUAUGGCAGAUGUUCAGGUUGCAGAAAGCAGCCAGCUUGCGGAGAGUAAUUCAAUAUUAACAAGAAUCAGGAACUGGCUGAGCAGUUGGUUCCAGUGGACUCCAAUGUCUGCCACUGUGCUUCGAGCUGCUGAAAAAAAGAUUCUGUCCUGUUUGAAGGCAGCAUAUCGAGGAUGGUAUGUAGACAUUGGUUCUGCUGUUGGAACCUCUGAUAAAAUAUGGACAAUAUCUUUAAACCAAGAAUCCCCUAAAACACCUAUUGUGAUGCUCCAUGGACUUGGUGCUGGAGUGGCUCUAUGGGUCCUCAAUUUAGACUAUUUAGCUUGUCAUCGACCUGUCUAUGCCAUUGACUUACUAGGCUUUGGUCGUAGCUCUAGACCGUCAUUUAGUUCUGAUGCAGUACAAGCCGAAGAGCAACUUGUUAAAUCUGUGGAAGAAUGGCGUAAAGAAAUGAAGCUUGAAAAAAUGGUAGUUCUGGGUCAUAGUAUGGGAGGUUUUCUUGCUGCUUCAUAUGCUAUAAAAUAUCCAGAUAGAGUGGCCCAUUUAAUACUUGCUGACCCCUGGGGGUUCCCAGAACGUCCUGCUGACCACAAGCCCAAUUUACCUUUUUUUUAUAGAGCAAUUGGGUGGCUUUCUCAAACAAUGAAUCCUUUCUGGGCUUUGCGUUUGGCUGGACCUUGGGGUCAAAAUGUGGUGGAGAAGACUAGACCAGAUAUAAUGAAAAAGUUUUCAUCUGUAGUGAAUGAUAAUGAAGGUGAAAAUGUAGUUGCUCAGUACAUAUUUCAGUGUAAUGCUCAGAAACCCACAGGUGAAAGUGCUUUUCAUGCAAUGAUGACCGGAUUUGGCUGGGCCAAGAACCCAAUGAUAAAGCGGAUCCAUGAAAUUCCCUCUGAUGUACCUGUGACAGCUAUUUAUGGGUCGAGGUCCUGGAUUGACUCACAAUCUGCAAAUAUCAAGGAAAGAAGACCAGAUUCAUAUGUUAAUGUGCAGAUUAUUUCUGGGGCUGGUCAUCAUGUUUAUGCUGACAAGAGUGAUGUUUUCAAUGCACACGUGGAGAAAGCUUGUCAAAUGGCAGACAAAGCUGCAGAUAUUUCUUCAGGAACAUGCACUGUAGAGGAAAAAACCAGUUCUAUAGAAGACACAACUUCUGAAGAUAUAGAUGUUAAAAAGUAGAUAGAUUUGAUUAAGGGGUUGAGUUUGACCUGUGCGUUUGCUUUGGUGGGCCCACAAUUUUGAACUUGAGGAAAAUUUGGUUGUGACUUACUUUUGUGUUACAUAAAUCUUAAGAAACAAGAAUUUCUACUAUUUAGUACAUAAGAAGUUAAUCAACAAAGUUUAAAAUUCCAGUUUUCAUUAUAGUAUGAAUUUUUUCACCUAAGCUUUUCAUGUAUGUUGAUUUUAUUUGCAAUCAUUGCAGACAAUACAUAUAGUUCCUAAAGUUCAUGUCUAAUUUGGUUGUUUUGCUUUUGGUGAGUUGUAAAGUAAUGUUUGGAAGUAUGCCAAAGAAUGCACGAGCUAACAAAUUAUCAAUUAUCCCACUUUAGUUUAAACAUGGUUCACUCUUUGUACCCCUGCUUAGGCAAAUUUGAAAAAUGUACUUCAUGGCAAUUGUUAUUCAUACUGCUUUUAAGCAUUUUUGGUCUUUGUUUGCACAUGGAGUCAAUGGUUAAGUAAGUGGUCAUUCAUUUUCAGUUGUUCACUUUUACAAGGCAGUUAAUUUGAAAAGAAAAUGUAAUUUGAUUACUAUAUGCUUCAUUCCUUGUUGCUCAAAAGUAUUCAAUGUUAAAAUUUAUUUUUCAUAUUUCAUUAUAACUUAAGGUUUUAAACAUUAUCUGCCACAAUUGAGUGCCGAUCCUUGAACUUCAUGAUGUGCAUUUGCACAUACACUUGUGUAAGUUCUCUGAUGUCAUUCUGUUGCCAACACUGCACUGUGAUAUGAUCAAAGAUUUUCUAUUUUGCAGUAAACUAGACUAUGUAAUAUUGUAGGUUAAAUAAUUGAGAUAAUCUUCUGGUUAUACCAAAUUUCGAUGUUCCUUUUCAAUCUACUUUUAUUUAGGAACAAAUAACUAGGGGACCAACCUGAUCCUACUUAAGCUCUUGCCUGCUAUAGUUCUUGUUACACCCAGUCGAGAAAUCUGCAAUAAUCAAGGCUACUGAGUAGAGGGUUUUGACACUUGCUUGUGCAUAUGCAAUAUGGCUUGAGCGAUGUUUGUUAUUGUUACCAUUAUUUAUUGUUUAAGUUUUUAAUUGUAUUAUUUUUUUCUGCUGGAGUACCUCUAUUUUUUCUUGAAAAGGACGGUUGUGUUCAGGUAAUAAAUGCCGAAUACAGUUUU